AUGGAGAGAGAGUUUCUAGAUUCAGCAGCUGGUGGAUCAUUUCUAGACAAGAGUAAUGUGGUAGCAAAUGAUCUAUUAGAGAAAAGAGCCAUGAACAAUAAGCAAUUUGGAACAUCUGCUAGUUCCACAAGACAAGUGCAUGAGACAAAUUCGAGUUCUGAUUCUGCUCUAGAGGACAAAGUUGACAAGCUUUCCAAGAUGAUGAGUAAGUUUAUGAGAAUAAGUGGAGCACAAGUUUGCGACAUUUGUACGGAGGGGCACCCCACUUAUCAGUGUUUCCAAGUUGCUUCUAGUGAAGGAUAUGAGGAAGUGAAUGCCUUUGGUUAUCAGGGAGGUCAGAGGUACAAUCCGUUCUCCAAUACUUACAACCAUGGUUUACGUGAUCAUCCAAAUUUUCGGUGGUCCAACAAUGACAAUGUGCUUAAGGCACAACAGAAUGCUAUGCAAUAUGGGCAUCGCCUGUCUGGUUUGUUUGCAAGAACGCAAGCUCCCCAUCUCAAUGUCCUACCUCCAAACGUGACAAGUUCCCCCAAUUAUGAUGAAAUGUUAAAAUAUUUGGCUGUUGGGCUGAAUCAGUUGAACACCGUCACUCAAACUCUGGUAAUGGGCCAACAAGGAAAUAGCAAGGACAUUGCAGAGUUGAAGAUGCAUAUGGGCCAAGUAGUUGAUUUCAUGGGUCGUUUCUCUGACCAAAGAAAGCUACCAAGUGGAGUUAUACCUAACCCAAGGGACGAGCAAGCCCAAGCCAUCAUAACAAGGAGUGGGCUCGAGCUAGUGGAUCAAUAUAGAGUUCUAAAGAAUGCCCAAACGGGCCACAUUUCUGAUAAUGAUGAAGAGAUUGUGAUCAACAAGAAUUUGGAGAAAGAUCCAGCAACCUCCAAAAAAGAGAGUGUGCCGUUCCAAGAGGCACCAAAAGGUACAAGUUCGAACUCAAGUGAUUUAGUUAAGACUAAUCCUAUUUCAUGUGUAUAUUUUCCUUCUAGGUUUGCUAAGAGCAAGAAGGACAAAUAUGAUGAGGAAGUGUUUGAAGUUUUUAGGAAGGUGUAA